CCACCCGGAAUGUUAUUCCACUUACACCGAGUUGAACGAGCGCGCCAUGUCUCUACAGCUGCCUGAGUAAUUAGAUGACAAACAGCUCUGCGAUAUCAGAUAAAGAGGUAAUGGAGGGGUUAGAGGAAACGCGGUCCCGGCUCUGUGAGCAGUUUGCAACCGUCACCGGGUCGGACAGCGCUGUGGCUCAGUGUUACCUCGCUGAAAACGACUGGGACAUGGAGAGAGCCUUGAAUUCAUUCUUUGAAGCGGAUAUGGAGUCGGUUUUUGAAGUCGAGGACCCAGAGGAGAAAAAUGAUGAUAGACCUUCGAGUAAGAGAAAGGAGACUGAUCUAGAUGCUCCAGAGACAAAAAGGAAGAUGAACUCCAAACCAGCAGAUUGUAUCGACUUGACCGAGGACGAGCCUGCUUGCUCGAAUUCAAAACGCAGUUCGGAGGACGAAGGUGACGGCAAGCUCUCGCUCAUCUCCUGGAACGUGGAUGGCUUGGACACGCUGAACCUGGCGGAACGAGCCAGAGGCCUGUGCUCUUAUCUGGCACUAUACACACCAGACGUUGUAUUCCUCCAAGAACUCGUCCCUCAAUAUCUUCAGUAUCUUAAGAAGCGUGCCGUCAGCUACCAGAUAGUUGAAGGAAAUGAGGACGGAUACUUCACUGCCCUGAUGCUGAAGAAAUCCAGAGUAAAACUGCAAAGUAGUGAAAUAAUUCCUUACCCAACAACGCAGAUGAUCAGAAAUCUGUUGCGUGCCAAAGUAAGUUUUUUAGGUCAGGAGUUCUGUUUGAUGACCUCACACUUGGAGAGUUGUAAAGAUCAGGCUGCAGAGAGGAUGAAGCAGCUGAAGGUGGUGUUGCAGAACAUCACUGAGGAGCCUGAUAACACCACGGUCAUUUUUGGAGGUGACACCAAUCUUCGAGAUUCUGAGGUAGCACUAGUGGGUGGACUGCCUCCUGGCGUGAUCGACGUGUGGGAGGAGCUCGGCAAACAGGAGCAUUGCAGAUACACAUGGGACACUAAAAUGAACAGCAACAAAGAUGUGCCGUACAUCAGCAGGUGUCGCUUCGACCGUAUCUACCUGAGACCUGCCAAAACGGAGGUAAAAGUGCGUCCGGAGCACAUGGCACUGGUCGGAAUGGAGAAGCUGGACUGUGGAAGCUACACCAGCGAUCACUGGGGAAUCUACUGCAGCUUUACCAGCUGAGUUUGGAGUCUAGGAAGAAGUCUAGACAUGCUUGAGUGAUGUUUUUUUAGCAAGACAGAAUGUUGGGUUUUACGAUUUUUCCCCUCAGCUUGAUCAGAAUAUAAUGCAGAAGUGUUUCAUCACAAUCUGGCUGUUUGAUUGAUUUUACCGGUUUUGUAGCGUUCUUAAAAUUCACGGAGAUAUUGCAACAAAGAUUUAAGUGGAUUUAAACCUGUUUUAAAUUCUAACACACUUUUUUUUUCUGGGGGGGGUGCACUUGCUCCAGUUGAGCGAGUCACGCUACCUCUUUUAUCUCAGUUGUUAUUUACUGCACUUAGUCCUAGGCUUAAUCACACACUGAUGAUCUAGCAUGUCUAGAGGACUACGUCCACUGGGAACAUCAUUGUGUUCCAUCAUUAACGGUUAUAAAUUUGCCUGAUUACUAUUCUCAUGUUGUUGUUGUUGUUGUUGUUUUUUGUUUUUGUGUGUGUGUGUGUGUAUGUAUGUGUAUAUAUAUACAUACACACACAAUACAUUAAAAACUUAAUAAACUAAAUGAAUCUAAUUUA